UGAUCCGUUGGAAGUGGGGGUGAGUUGGGUCCUCUGAAAAGGACACCUCCAUGACUGUUAACCAUAGCAUCAACUCAUUGCACCUGUUUUGUUUAAUAAAAAUUCUGAUGUGAAGUUGAUAAUAAUGAUGAGGAUGGCUUUAUCAUCUUUCUCUUUCUCUCUCCUCCUCCUCCUGGGAUAGAUACUUUUUCUAGGAAGGGUUUUCUUCAUCUUCUGCUAAUUAGAGCCUCUUUGAGUUCAGAGGCUGAGCUGAGCACCAUUACCAAUCACCACCAUGAAGAUGUACCGCAACAAUCUUAGGGGAGGAGGUCUCCUUGCUGCCCUUUUGGUGCUGCUCCUACCCAUUUUCUUCCCUGCUCUUUUCGCUCCGUUGGGUCACGCCUCGCCUUCUCUCUUCUCGGAAUGGAAUGCUCCAAAACCUAGACACUCACGUCUACUUAAGGGUGCCUUACAACAUCAAACGUUAAAUGGACUACAGUCUGAUCUCUGGAAUCCUUUGGCCAAUCAAGGAUGGAAACCCUGUGUUGAAUCUGCUAGUACCUCUACAUUACCCAGCAAAUCUGAGGGAUAUAUCCAGUUAUUCCUUGAUGGAGGGUUGAACCAGCAGAGAAUGGGGAUUUGUGAUGCAGUUGCCGUUGCUAAAAUUCUAAAUGCAACUCUUGUGAUUCCACAUCUCGAAGUGAAUCCUGUCUGGCAAGAUUCCAGCUCAUUCAUGGAUAUUUUUGAUGUGGAUCACUUUAUUAAUGCAUUGAAGGAUGAUAUUUCUAUAGUUAAAGAGCUCCCUGAUGAAUUCUCUUGGAGCACAAGAGAGUAUUAUGCCACAGCCAUUCGAGCUACCAGAAUAAAAACUGCACCUGUUCAUGCUUCAGCUAACUGGUAUCUGGAGAAUGUUUUGCCCGUCUUAGAAAGUUAUGGUAUAGCUGCGAUUGCCCCAUUUUCUCACCGUCUGGCUUUCGACAAUUUGCCAAAGGACAUCCAACGCCUUCGUUGUAAAGUCAACUUUCAAGCAUUAGUUUUUGUUCCUCAUAUCAGAGCUCUUGGAGAUGCUCUUGUUACCCGUCUUCGGCAACCUCCUGGUGAAAGUGGGUCUCUUGGUGACAAGUACCUAAGGGAAGUUACUGCUGCAAAUGGCAAACAAGAAGCAGGGAAAUUUGUCGUCCUACAUCUUCGGUUUGAUAAGGAUAUGGCUGCCCAUUCAGCCUGCGAUUUUGGUGGGGGUAAAGCUGAAAAAUUGGCUCUGGCUAAGUACCGACAAGUAAUUUGGCAGGGAAGGGUCCUAAACUCUCAGUUCACUGAUGAAGAGUUGAGGAGUCAGGGGCGCUGCCCAUUGACUCCAGAAGAGAUCGGAUUGCUGCUAGCAGCUUUAGGCUUUAACAACAAUACUCGUCUAUAUCUUGCCUCCCACAAGGUAUAUGGUGGGGAAGCUAGAAUCUCAACCUUACGGAAAUUGUUUCCACUAAUGGAAGAUAAGAAAAGCCUUGCCUCUUCAGAGGAAAGGGCCCAGAUUAAAGGGAAGGCUUCUUUACUAGCUGCAGUUGAUUACUAUGUCAGCAUGCACAGUGACAUCUUCAUUUCUGCUUCUCCUGGAAAUAUGCAUAAUGCAAUGGUUGGAGAUCGAACUUUUGAGAAUUUGAAGACAAUAAGGCCCAACAUGGCAUUAUUGGGUCAGCUCUUCUUGAAUAAGAGCAUGGAUUGGUCAGACUUUCAACGGGCAGUGGUGGAAGGGCACAAAAAAAGACAAGGAGAGAUCAGGCUACGGAAACCAAAACAGUCUAUAUAUACAUAUCCUGCUCCUGAUUGCAUGUGCCUUGCUUAAAUUGACAUUAUCCUGAGAAAUCUGAGCAUGCCUUGCAUAUCUUAUGAUGUGCAACUGAACUAUUGUUUGUGGCCUAUAAUACUAGAAAUAAGAUGAAAUUUCUUUUUUCCCAUUCAUGGGACUAUUUACCUCGGGUGGAGGUCAAUAAGGGUGGGAAUAGAUAUAGAAAAUGGGGUUGUAUUUUUCACCGUGUAAGGGGUCGGAUAUAUGAUUUAUGAAUGGCUCUUGUAUAAAAACACGUAGUAAUACAUCGUUCAUAAGUUCACUGUUGCUUGUUCCGGCUCAGCUUAUGUAUAAGAUGUAUAUGUCAUGAACUGUCUUUGUAGUGUUGUUUUUA